AUGCCCCCACCAGAAUAUCAUGGCCACACUCUAAACGAUGGGGACAGUAUCAAACUACAACACCAUCUCACGACGGAGCUAUUCGGAUACCUCCUGCACCUAGACAUACCUCUCCAGAACGCGAAUCUCAAAAUUGCAGACAUCGCUGCAAGGUUCUUAUUUUGCGACUAUCGGAACGUACCGACAGAGCUCGAAGGAGCUUACGAUGUAGUCCAUGUCCGCAAUAUAGUAUUUGUGUUAUCAGAUGAGGAGAUCGAGGACGUUCUCAGCAAACUACUUAAACUCCUAAGUAUGAUCAUUUAUAAGUGGAUACCCACUCCCUUCAUAGAUAAGAUUAACGGCGAAUGCAGCACCGCCGCCAUUGAGGAAAUAGUGCGGAUCACUCGCUCCGCAGACCCCAGGCUGAUGCCUCACUGGGUUCCUGAGCUGCCGCGGUUAUUUGAGAGUGUUGGGCUCGUGGAUCUUAGGAAAGAUACUCGUGAAGGACCUGGACACAUUGAUUAUACUUUUCAUGAGUGCGUCUUGAUGGUACACGAUAUGAUUGCUCGGAAGACAAGUAAUGAGGGGGUAGGACGGCGUUUAAAGGAGAUUCUCCCGGAGGCAGACUGUUAUUGGAAGAAAGCGUGA